CCUGGGCAGACAGAUGAGACAGACAUGACCCUGGAGUGGCCAGCCAGCUGGUCUGUGGAACCAGUAGGAUGGUAACCUGAGGCCACUGGGGAGCUGCGGGGCUGUAACGGAACCAAGGCAGGGCAGGACUUCACUCACGUGUGCACCCCAUCAGCUUUUCGAGACUCGCUGACCAACAGCACACCCUGAGGGCUCUCCAAGGUGAAGUCCACGUCCAGCCCAGCACCUCCGAUCACCUGAAGAGCAGACCACUCCGUGUCUUGAUGAGCCAUUGUGAGAAGCUUCUGUCUGCAGUAGAUGGGAACAGGUACAGCGACCCACACCUAGACAAUGUGCAGAGAAUAAGAAACCUUGGAAUGCUUAAUCCUAAAUGGAUGUCUCCAUCAAAUACCCACCUCCGGGCUUAGAGAACUAUGUGGAAGAAGAGGCAAAAGGAACAGUCAAGUGUUGGAGGAUGCCAAGGAAGUAAGGUUUCCUGGACACAGCAGGACUGACACACUUGAUCAGAAACUGUGGCAGCAUGUACCCGGCCUACACGGGCUCAAGCUAGAUGGGUCUUAACCCUGAGAAAGGCGGGUAGACACAAGCCCCACCCCUAACUGUGGAGGUUUGGAAAUGCUUAGCCAAGGGAGCCGCACCAUUAGGAGCUGUGGCCUUGGAGGAAGUGUGUCAUUGUGGGGGUGGGGGUGGGCUUUGGAGGUCUUCUCUUAGCCUCAGGCUCUGCCCACUGGGCAAGAGAGCUUCCUCCUAGCUGCCUGAAGGGGCCAGUUUUCUCCUGGUUCCCUUCAGCGCCAUGUCUGCCUAGACGCUGCCAUACUCCUGCCUUGAUGAUAAUGGACUGAACGUCUGAACCUGGAGCCCCAGAUCCCCGUGGCCUCGGCCAGCUUUCCCAGACGUACAUGGGAGGAGAGAUGCUUUCCCAGACGUACAUGGGAGGAGAGAUGCCCUGGACCAUUCUGCUGUUUGCAUCUGGCUCCUUGGCCAUCCCUGCACCGUCUAUCUUCCUGGUGCCCCCCUUCCCAAGCAGCCGUGAGGAUCCCAUCUACCUCUCAUGCACAGCCCCCAAGGACAUCCUCGGGGCCAACUUCACCCUGUUCCGAGGGGGAGAGGCGGUCCAGCUCCUACAAGCCCCCUCAGAUCAGCACAGUGUCACAUUCAAUGUGACUGGUAGUGGCAGUGGUGGCAGCAAUGAGGCUGCAGGGGGCAACUUCCGCUGUCAGUAUGGUGUGCUGGGAGAGCACAGUGAGCCCCAGCUGUCCGACUUCAGCCAGGAGGUGCAGGUCUCCUUCCCAGCUAAGGCCAAAAACUUACAGAUGCAGAGAGAGCGUGAAUCCUGCUGGGCUCAGAUCAACUUCACCAACACAGACAUGUCCUUUGAUAACUCUCUGUUUGCCAUCUCCACGAAAAUGACUCAAGAAGACUCAAUGGUAACCCUGGACUCAGGGCCUCGGAAGAGGCCUACCUCUGCAUCGUUCUCUCCAGAGCCCCCUGAGUUCAGCACUUUCCGGGCCUGCCAAUGAGGCUGAAGAAUGAGGACCCCUUUAUCCAGUUCUUUCCUUCCCACAGCCCCAGGCUGCAGAAGCUGGCCAUCUGUCUGGAGACUCGGCAGUAGGGAGGAGUCAAGCCACAGCUUUCUUAUGGAACAACUGGCCAAAGGAAGGAGACACCUGGUGUUGUGACCUUCCUCAUAGAAGACAAUUAGUUGGGGUAUCAGCCUAGGGGCAAGACAGAAAGCCAGAAGCCUCUGUAAAGAAGGGUCACUCUUGAAUCAGGACACCCAGCCAGGCCUAAGAGGUUACAUUCUGUACGGACUUUCCUGUGGUUCCCCAACUGCAAUUGACUUCCAGACUGGGUGUUUUAUUUGGGGGAGAGAUGUGUAUAUUUUUGUUGCUGUUGUUUUCAGAUAAGGUCUCACUGUGUAGUCCUGCCUGAACUGGAAGUUACUGUGUAGACCAGGCUGGCCCACAAUAGAGAUCCACCUGCCUCUGCCUCCAGAGUGUUGGGAUUAAAGUACCUGCCACAA